AGAUGAUCUUGGACGGCUUCCACAAGGGCAACCAUGCGUGGUGCCUGAGCAAUCUACCAGAGGUGGAUCCCGACUCUGAGGAUAAUGCAGUGCUCAUGGCGGGCAAGAACACGCAGGCUUGCGAGCAAUUGAAUUCCUGGAUCAACGAGCGCACUGCGCCUGGGCGGGAGAUGACUCCAGGCCACUUCGGCGUGUACUGGUGGGCUUUGUUCACGGAGCACAACGAGUGGCUGGUCCAUCAGGCGGAGUGCAACCGCAGGAGGUACGCCCGCGGCAACAUGAAGCACGACCCGGACGUCUCUCGGCCAAGCCGACCGACAGAGGGCACGACGGCGUAGAUCGCUCGGGCGGGCCGGCGGCCCAGCCGAGAGACCGGUAAUGCGCUCUGUGUACUCGCGGUACUGGUGCUGUGUACUUGCC